GCGGAGCGGGCGGCGCGGGGCGGAGCGGAGGCCAGAGCGGGCGGCGGGGACUCGGGGUGCGGGCAGCGCGGCGCCGGCGAGGGGACCCCCGUGCGGAGCGGAGCGGCCGAGGAGGUUUCAGCGUGGUCAAGAGAGUGAAUGAAUCGGAAGUGGGUGUACCUUGCAUGAAUCAUCAAGAGCAUUCUAUGCUAUAAAUAUCAGCAGCAUAUUUAUCUGGUCCAAACCUCUGCUGAAUCAUAACCGUUUGCCGCCGAGCUAUGACAAGAGAGGAAACAAAAAGUUAGACGAGCCAGCCUGUCAUAAGUGAGAAGCAGACUUCCUUGAUAACAUGCUUUUGCGAAGUUCAGGAAAACUAAAUGUGGGCACCAAGAAAGAGGAUGGUGACAGUACAGCCCCCACUGUUCGUCCAAAGAUCUUGCGUUGUAAAUGCCACCACCAUUGUCCGGAAGACUCAGUCAACAAUAUCUGCAGCACAGAUGGAUACUGCUUCACGAUGAUAGAAGAAGAUGAUUCUGGGAUGCCAGUGAUCACGUCGGGGUGUCUGGGACUAGAAGGUUCAGAUUUUCAGUGCCGGGACACUCCCAUCCCUCACCAAAGAAGAUCAAUUGAAUGCUGCACAGAACGGAAUGAAUGUAAUAAAGAUCUACACCCCACACUGCCUCCACUGAAAAACAGAGAUUUUGUUGAUGGAUCUGUACACCACAAAGCCUUACUUAUAUCUGUGACUGUCUGUAGUUUCCUGUUGGUCCUUAUCAUUUUAUUCUGUUACUUCAGGUAUAAAAGACAAGAAGCCAGACCUCGGUACAGCAUUGGGUUGGAGCAGGAUGAAACGUACAUUCCUCCGGGGGAAUCCCUGAAAGACUUAAUUGAGCAGUCUCAGAGCUCAGGAAGCGGGUCAGGCCUCCCUCUGCUGGUCCAAAGGACUAUAGCUAAGCAGAUUCAGAUGGUGAAACAGAUUGGCAAAGGCCGCUAUGGAGAAGUUUGGAUGGGAAAGUGGCGUGGCGAAAAGGUAGCUGUGAAAGUGUUCUUCACCACUGAGGAGGCCAGCUGGUUCCGUGAGACAGAGAUUUAUCAGACGGUGCUGAUGAGGCAUGAAAACAUUUUGGGGUUCAUUGCUGCAGAUAUCAAAGGGACAGGGUCCUGGACCCAGUUGUACCUAAUCACGGACUAUCAUGAAAACGGUUCCCUCUAUGAUUACUUGAAGUCCACCACCCUCGAUGUUAAAUCGAUGCUGAAAUUAGCCUAUUCCUCCGUCAGUGGCUUAUGUCAUUUACACACCGAAAUCUUUAGUACCCAAGGCAAACCAGCAAUUGCCCAUCGAGAUUUGAAAAGUAAGAACAUUCUGGUGAAGAAAAAUGGAACUUGCUGUAUAGCUGACCUGGGCCUGGCUGUUAAAUUUAUUAGCGACACAAAUGAAGUUGACAUACCACCCAACACACGUGUUGGCACCAAACGCUAUAUGCCUCCAGAAGUGUUGGAUGAGAGCUUGAAUAGAAAUCACUUUCAGUCUUACAUCAUGGCCGAUAUGUACAGUUUUGGGCUCAUUCUUUGGGAGGUGACUAGGAGAUGCGUAUCAGGAGGUGCAGUGGAGGAAUACCAGCUUCCCUACCACGACCUGGUGCCCAGUGACCCCUCUUACGAGGACAUGAGGGAGAUUGUGUGCAUCAAGAAGCUCCGUCCGUCAUUCCCCAGCCGGUGGAGUGGCGAUGAGUGUCUGAGGCAGAUGGGGAAACUCAUGACCGAGUGCUGGGCUCACAACCCCGCAUCCAGACUGACAGCCCUGCGUGUGAAGAAAACACUCGCCAAAAUGUCAGAGUCCCAGGACAUUAAACUUUGAUUUGAGGGGGGGAAACGAAGGAAAGGAAAAGAAGAGAAAAGAAAGGAAAAGAAGAGAAAAGAAAAGAAAAGAAAAGAAAAGAAAAGAAAAGGAAAGAAAAAGAAAAGAGGAAAAGAAAGCAUCAUGGAGAAAGCCAGCUCUUCCUCUCUGUGGCAGAGUAGAAAAUGUUCCCGAAGCAUCCAUAGGGCAAGCGUCAAACAGCCCCGCUUCCCAGGGGUUCAGUGUCACCACUUGGGGAGCACCGUGGACAAAGGCAGACGUUCCCAGAAGCAGGGACCUAUUGUGUCUGGAGGAGGUUGAAACCGUUCUGGUAACUUGUUUGAGACAUGGUGCAUGUUGCUUUCUAAGAAAGCCCUGUAUUUUGGGAUUGCCCCCCACCACCCCUCCUUUUUUUUUUUUUUCUUUUUCAAAAGAUGCUUUAGUUUUGCCAAAAUAUAACAAAGAAUUUAGAUGUUUGAAGGUUGUUCCUAUUCUGGUUUAAAUAAUAACAAUGAGAGUUCUUUGCAGAAAUUCUGCUAGAAAGGAAAUUAAAAUCAUUUUUUUAUUAUUAUUAUUAUGGGUAAAAUGUUGUUGCACUCUACAAACCAACAGACAGUCUGUGAGGUUGGAGACCACAGAGUGGGACUGUCUGAGAAGCCCGCCCCUGCCUGCUGUGACCACUCGGCCAGCCCUGCGUGGGGGCUGCCACAGCAAUGUGAAUGCACCUGGGCACACAUCCCGCCUGUCCGGCAUCCGUUUGGGGAUUCCUGCAGGUGACCUUUUGCAGCUUUGGAGGAUAUGGAACAAAUGAAGCUUUUGUGUGCUUCUUCUGUUAGAAGUGUCAGUGUUCAUCAGGACCACGUUGUGUUUCUGAUUCUGUAAGGCCUCUCGUUCACGGUCAGAUCUCUUCCUUUUCAUUGAACACAAGCAAAGAUUCUUUUUUUUUUUUUUUCUUUUUUUUUUAUGUGCAGAGAACUGACCGCUGCAUGCUUUUGAUUUCUCAAAGGAAAGGAUCAAUAGUCAAUGAAAUUGCCUUCAGCCAAGGUGAUGGCCACACCUUUUUAAAACGGAGAUCAUGGGCUCUUGUGUUGUGAGAUGACGUGUUGGUAAGGCAGAGAAUGCGGUGGUAGGUGCAUGUGGCUUGCUUCCUACGUAUGCAGAAGAGCCGAUCUCAGAAGCACGAGGGUAAAUGAUGCACACCUUACUCUGUAUUGUAGAUAAAGCCAUUUUCUUUUCAUUGUCUGUCUCUGGGGUCUGACUUAAGGGAAGGAGAGGAAGCAUAGGUCAGGUUAAUGUAACUAAAUUUUAAUUUAAAAAUAGACAACUAUGUCCUCCAAAUGGGACACACAGAGGAGAGUUAGUGGAAGCCACGAAAAUAUUCAGGCUGCUGUGAUUUAUUUUUCUAGUAUAGAUAUGGAUCUAGCAUGUGCAUCAUUUAAGUGGUCAUUUCAUAUUGUUAGGCGUGCUGCCUCUAUUUUAUUUUAUUCUCAUUAUGUUCAGUUCACUUUUUAAUUUAUUAUUUUUGUAUUCUCUGUGGCACUUGUGUAAACCAUCUCUUCACCCACUUAAUUCUGCAGAGUUUCCACUAUUGAGACAUGUGAGUCCAAUCAUGGACAGGCCCAACAUUCCUGAGCAACAGGAACAUCAACUUCAAAGUUGUACACAUGGCCCUCACCUUUAUUCAUUUACAUGUUCUUACCAUGGCUUUCUUUUACUUCUUAGAAAUUCUGUAAUUUAAUAAGGAAUCAGGAAAUACUUUCUCCCUAGUCUUAAAAAAGUAAAAUAAAUAAAAGGCAUUCCUUCCAGAAUCCUGCAGAGGGCAGUGUUUUAUAACACAAUUGCACCACUUGGUGAUUGAAGAAUGGAAGUUUUUUGAGAUUUUGACAGGGGCAUGAAAAAUGAGGAAGUAUUCUCCUCACUUCUGAAGUAGGUGUGCAGCUGGCAACUUGUUCAUUCAAAAAACACCCUCGAGCAGAGAGUGAUUGUGAGCUGCGCUCACAGGCUCAGAGCAUCCUAAGAAACACGGUGUUCUGUAUUCAGCUUUGACUUCCCCAUGCUUCAUGGCCACAUUUUGUUUGUAUUAUAACAAAGACAUAAGUGGGUUUUUUUUUAAAAAUUCUUGAAUAUGAACAAAAUUUGUUUUUUUACAAAGAUUAAAAACAGUGGGCUCCAAGUAGAAUUUCAAUCAGAAUGCUGCUUUUGGUGUUAUUAGAAUAACCUGAACGGCAAUGUAACUGUUCCUUUCUCUUGUGUCAAAUUGUAUUCUUUGUGAUAGCUUAGAAGGAACAUGUGGCUAGAACUAAGUGUGUGAUACUCAUCUGAGCCUUGGAGAGAAACUUCAUUACCUCUAAUCAGAUCAUCUACAAACAAGUCAACAUUUUUGCCCAUAACUGGGGACAUGUUUCUGUUUCUUGAUUUUUCCCCCUAAAUUUAAGUGAGGUUGGACUUCUUAGAUAAAAAAUGUGUGCUCUUUUAGGUAAGUUUUUAUACAUGAUAACUGCAAAUCAGAAUAUUUUGUGGUGAAGUGAUGAUUUGAAAGAAAACUAGAUUUCUAGGGAGGUGUUGCUUCCAAUGAAGAAUGGCAAGAAGCUUCUAUAUUAUUUGUUUAGUUGCUUUGGAAAAAUCAGUAGCUUUCUAAUUCUUAAUUUGAUUUACUCAUGAUGAACAUCUAAAAAUUGUUCCUGAGAUACUUCAAAAGACUUAUUUAGUUAGUAUAGUCUUUCAAUGCAACAAGCAUUUAUUUAUGAAUAGAUGUUUUUGUCUUCACAAAAUUCACCUUACUUAGAGAACCCUAAAUUGUUCUUAAAGAGACUACCUACUUACUUCCAAAUAAUCCUUUUUUAUUUUUAAAAUUCUAGUAGCUCAGAGGAAGUGAAUUGUAUUUUAUUUUAUUUUUCAUUUCACCUUUCUGUAGAAUAAGUGGGGACCUGGAAAGUAAUAACGUAGAUGAUUUCCUAUUAUCAGGACUAUUUCAAAGACUAAGAUUUUCUUAUAGUUGCUCCCCUAAAAGGAAUCCUAAAAUAUUAGUUGCUAGCUAAUAUAAGUUUUGUAUGCUAAGAUGUUCAGGUUUAUAGUUUAUUAUGUGUAUAUAUAUUAUAUAAAUAUAUAUGUUUAUAUAAAUAUUUUGUUCAGUUUGGAGUCUGGCACAACUCCAUUUUUGUGGAUUAGAGAGUAAAAUAUUAGAGAUGAUAAAGUACUAAAUGAAACAUAAUAUUUAUUUAUAAAAGCGUUGUAGAUUGUUAAAUCAUAAGUAACAGUGCUACAAACAUUGUGUGUGAAGAGACAGGCCUUUGUCCUCCUGGAAAGCACCGCUCACAUGUAACUAGUGACCAUUCUUUUUUUAGUAUCAAAACACAAAGCAUCUUGGAAAACAUGCUAAGGUUUUAUUUACAGGGAAUUCUUUGUUUCAUUUGUUGUGUAGUCAGAUAGAGCAAGGACCGAAUAGCAAUCAGAAUUCAUGUUCCUAGAGUCAAGCAUAGUCAUUGGAAGUUACAGUGUUUAUGUUGCUGGUCUGUUCUAGCGCUUCAUGUUUGUAGUUUGAAAGGCACUGAAAGAAGUACAGUUUUUAAACUUGAAUUGUUCUGUGGUUAUAUCUCCUUGGAAAAAAAACUCAGUCACAAAGCAGUGGAAAUGAACAAAAUGGCAUCCGCAGUGAUUUAAUUUAGCAAUUAUGAUUCCUCUUGUAAAACAAAGUAAAAAAAAAACAAUGCCAUAUUUUUUUUGGAGAAGAGUUGGCAAUAAAGGGUUUUGUUGUCUGUUUCAAAAGAAGACUCAUUGUGUUCUUUUGGGGAACCAGUGCCUUAUUGAAUUUGUAUAUACUGUAAUUAUUCAGGACUAGGGAACAAACAACUGUAUUGUAUUUGUUACAAAUUGUAUAUGGCUUUGUUUGAACAUUCCCCCAAAUAAAACGGUUUCAUUCUCCCCUUGGCAA